AUGGACUCGGACAUGGACAUGUCCUCACCUCUUGGAGAGGACAAAGGAGAGGGGGUGGGGAAGGGUGGCGUGAGCGAGUGUAGGAGGCUAUUGGGGAUAGAAGCAUCCCUCACUAAAAGAGGAGACCCGGUUUGGAGGAGGCAGCCUGGACAGGGGAGACAUCUCUCCGAAUGCCCAGGUGUGAGGAGAAGCAGAGGGGCUGAUCCUGGCGUGGCCACAACUAGGACAGGGGCCCCAAGGAGGAACAAAACAGGGGAGGAUACUCACCCAAGCCGGAGCCGGAGCGUCGAUCCGGAGAGGAGGAAGGGCCUCAAGCCAGGGCCUGGCCCAGGGCCCGGACUGUCUGGAGUCUGGACGCAGAACCCGCCCUUUUCGGAAGAUCCCAAGUGUCUCAUAGAUCUCUUGGAGUCCAUCAUGCAUACGCACCGUCCCACUUGGGAUGACUGUCAUCAGCUGCUCAAUAUCCUUUUUACGAUGGAGGAACGAGAGCGCAUCCUCAACGAAGCAAGGAAGAACGUCUUGGGGGAUAAUGGGAGACCCACAACUCUCCAACCGGCCAUAGACGAGGCUUUUCCCCUACGCCGCCCUGAUUGGGAUUUCGGGACCACAGAAGGUAGGGAGCGUCUUCGGAUCUACCGCCAGACUCUUAUGGCCGGUCUCCGAGCGGCCGCUAGAAGGCCCACCAAUUUUGCAAAAGUGAAAGCAGUCGUUCAAGGGGAAAACAAAAGCCCGGCCGGCUUCUUAGAGCACCUCUAUGAGGCAUACUGUCAGUACACCCCUAUUGACCCUGAGGUGGAGCUCCACUGGUCUGCUGUGGUGCUGUCAUUUAUUAAUCAGGCAGCUCCAGACAUUAGGAGAAAACUCAAUAAACAGGAGAACUUAGGGGAAAUGACCAUUAGAGAGAUGCUACAAAUAGCAGAGAAGGUCUUUACCGCUAGGGAAACUCCGGAACAAAGGGAGGAAAGGAGGAGAAAGGAAGACAGGGAAGCCCAGGAGAAAUCGAGAAAGGAGGACAGGGAGUUCCAGGCUAAGGAAAACCGAAAGCAACAAAGAGAACUGGCCUGUAUUUUCCUAGCGGGUGUCUGAGACCCGCCCCAGGGAGGGGGCCACGCCAGGACCCCGGAUAAGGAACACUGUGUUUACUGUAAGGAAACUGGGCAUUGGAAAAGAGAAUGUCCUAAACCGGGGGACAGAAGGGAAAGGGAGCAAGUAGUAGAGCAGGCCAGAGUCCUCCUAGCCGGAGAAGAGGACUGAAGGAGACGGGGCUCGGACCCCCUCCCCGAGUCUUGGGUAACAAUACAUGUGGAGGGGAAGCCGAUGGGAUUCAUGGUGGAUACCGGCGCCCAGUAUUCGGUCUUAAACAAGGCACAUGGACCUUUGAACAAGGAACGAACAAGUGUCGUUCAGGGGGCCACCGGUACACAGUUAUGUACAUGGACUACCAAAAGAAGGGUAAACUUAGGAAAACACCAGGUCACACACUCCUUCCUGGUUGUUCCUGAGAGCCCCGCCCCCCUGCUCGGUCGGGACCUACUCACCAAAAUUGGGGCCCAUAUCCAUUUUGAAUCAGACGGAAUAAUUGUGACUGAUCGAGAGGGGAGCCCAAUACAUGUCCUGACCCUAUCAUUGGUUGACGAACAUCGCCUGUUUGAGAGUCAGCCGGAGUCAGGAGGGGACAUGGCCCAAUGGGUAAAAAGAUUUCCCAUGGCCUGGGCAGAGACUGCAGGAAUUGGGCUCGCCAAACACCUCCCUCCCGUAGUUAUACAAUUGAAGGCUUCCGCUCUUCCCAUUCGGGUAAAACAGUAUCCUAUGCCCGAGGAGGCUCGAAGAGGCAUAGCCCCUCAUAUCUGCAGGCUAUUAAAGGAAGGAGUACUGCGGCCUUGUCAGUCCACCUGGAAUACACCUCUGCUCCCCAUCCAAAAGCCGGGAGGCAAGGAUUAUAGGCCCGUGCAAGACCUGCACAAGGUCAACGAAUGGACGGAGGACAUUCAUCCCACCGUUCCGAAUCCUUAUACUUUGCUCAGCCACCUACCCCCCUCACAGGUGUGGUAUACAACCCUUGAUCUGAAAGAUGCUUUCUUCAGCAUUCCAUUGUCAGAAAUUAGCCAGCCGCUAUUUGCUUUCGAGUGGCACGAGGAUGGGGGCCAAUCUGGACAGCUUACUUGGACCAGACUGCCGCAAGGAUUUAAAAAUUCUCCCACCCUGUUUAAUGAGGCCCUGAGCCAGGACCUGGAACACUUUCGCCAAAGCCACCCACGAGUCACUCUAUUGCAGUAUGUUGAUGAUUUACUGUUAGCGGCAGAAACCCGAGAGGAAUGCAACGAGGCUACCGAACACUUGCUAACGGAAUUAGGUGAGCUGGGAUAUCGGGCGAGUGCCAAGAAAACCCACAUCUGUAAAAGGUCAGUGACAUAUCUGGGUUAUCGGAUCGCAGAUGGGGCAAGAUGGCUUACUGAUGCCAUGAAACAGACUAUUUUGGCUAUCCCAUCCCCCACAUCCACUAGGGGAGUAAGAGAAUUCCUAGGCUCCGCAGGAUUCUGUAGACUCUGGAUUCCGGGAUUUGCAGAGAUAGCCAGACCCUUAUAUGAGGCCACCAAAGAGGCUCCGAAUUGGAGAUGGGGAAAAGAACAACAGGCCUUUGACCAGCUGAAGAAUGCUCUUUUACAGGCCCCUGCCUUAGCCUUGCCAGAUCCCACAAGACCAUUCACUCUAUUUGUAGAUGAAAGAAAAGGGGUAGCCAAAGGAGUCCUGACCCAACAACUGGGCCCCUGGAAGAGACCUGUGGCAUACCUUUCCAGAAAAUUAGAUGCAGUAGCAGCGGGAUGGCCCCCUUGCCUUCGUAUCAUAGCGGCCAUCGCCAUGCUAGUGAGAGAAGCUGAUAAAUUAACUUUUGGACAAGCCCUUUGGGUAACGGCCCCUCACCCGGUGGAGGGAAUCCUUAAACAACCCCCUGGGAAAUGGAUGACAAAUGCCAGGCUCACCCACUACCAGGGGCUCUUGUUGGAUUCCCCUUGAAUCACAUUCACAGAUCCCGUAACCCUGAAUCCUGCCACCCUGUUGCCUAAUCCAGAACUACAGACACCUGUCCAUGACUGCAAAGAAUUCCUCUCUGAAGUUACACAGGUACGGGAUGACUUAAAGGAUACCCCCCUGUCUAGCUGUGAAUUAAACUGGUACACGGAUGGAAGCAGCUUUGUCCAAGAUGGAGUCCGAAGAGCAGGGGCAGCUGUAGUCGACCAAGAAGGAAAUACGGUGUGGAGCAGCGCCCUCCCACCCGGAACCUCAGCCCAAAAAGCGGAAUUAAUUGCCUUGGCAGAGGCCCUGGAGAGGGCAAAAGGGAAACGAGUCAAUAUCUACACCGAUAGUCGCUAUGCUUUUGGUACCAUCCAUGUCUACGGGACCAUCUAUCGCGAAAGGGGGUUCCGCACAGCAGAAGGGAAGAAUCUGAAGAACCUGGCCGAGGUCCAGCGUCUAUUAAUGGCAGUGGAAAAACCGAAGGCAGUGGCAGUGAUGUAUGUCCCAAGCCACCAGUCUGCCAAGACACCGGAAGCAGUCGGCAACAACAGAGCAGAUCAGGAAGCGAAGAGAGCAGCAAUGGUGAGUCCUUCCAUGGUCACGGCUGUAGACGUGUGUCCCAGAGCUCCCUUCGCUACCCCCCGACCAGAAUACUCCACGGAGGAUUUCACCUGGAUAAGGUCCCACUCUCCCAUUAGAGAAGGGGAAAACGGAUGGAGAAGCGACCUGGAAGGCAAGUUAAUUCUGCCCGAAAAACUCGGACGGUUCCUGUUGAUUAACUUGCAUAAGUCCACCCAUUUGGGGCGGAGAAAAUUGUUAGACCUGCUGACAUCCACGCAGCUCCGAUUUCCGAACCAGACCGUAGCAGUCUGCCAAAUUGUGGAAGAUUGUACUCGGGAACGAGGGAGGACUCCAGGAAGAAGUUGGGAAGUGGAUUUUACUGAGGUAAAACCAGGAAAGUUUGGAUAUAAAUAUUUGCUGGUAUUCAUAGACACCUUUUCGGGCUGAGUAGAGGUUUUUCCUACAAAGAAAGAGACAAGUCAGGUAGUAGCAAAGACGGGCACACCCUCCGGAGGAAAAACAGGAAAAUUGGUCUGCACGAAAGCAUCCCACAAACCCACUCAAGCUCCGGCUGGUGCGGGACCCUCCUGGAAGCGAAGGCGAUGUCCCCUAUUCCCCACAGCCAUCGUAGGUAUCCUACUGGUAAUCCUCCAGGGUGUGACCGGAAACAACUCUCAUCGACCAUACAAACAGACCUGGGUUUUGAGGAGCGGAGACACUCACGAAGAAUGGAACCUAACCUCGCACCCGGCAGCCGCUCAAUGGACUUGGUGGCCUGAACUGUAUGUAGAUCUAGAAAUGGUAUUGGGCACUUUCUACAACCUCCCUCAAAACCAGCAAGAGCAUUAUAUGAGAAAAAGGGCGUUGGGAGAUACAUCCUUGCUCCUUGACCGCCAGGUCCUCCGUUCCAAUGGGUUUUUCGCCUGCCCAGGAUAUGAGUCCAGCACAUGGCGCCGGGAUUGUGGGGGUAUAAAAAGCUUUUAUUGUGCCCAUUGGAAAUGUGUGGUGACCAAUGAUGGUGAAUGGAAAUGGGCAGUGACCCCAGACUUGAUUACUAUGCAAUUUGUUAAGCCCUACAACCAGUGGCAGGUGGAGCAAGGGUCGAAUUUAGUAAAGAUCUCCUUUACAGAGAAGGGAAAGAAGGAGCGGAGAUGGGUAAGCGGACUGACAUGGGGUCUCCUGCCCUACAAACGGCCAUGGAGAGGGGUCCUAUUCCAAAUAUUGUUGCGCCUUGAGCCUAUCUCUAACCCUAUAGGACCUAAUCCUGUGUUAAAACCUAAUCCUAAGUCCAAACCAGAGUUGUCGGAGACCAAGUUGGUUCCGCGCACAACCCAAAACCCCCAGACACUCCAAAGUAUUGCUCCUAGCAACUCCCAAAGUUCCAAGAUGAUGCUUCCAGGGCCCACCACCACCACCAUUCCCUUCACACCACCACCUAACCCCUUAGAAACCUUAUUGCUUGCUACAUUUAAGACCUUGAAUAGGACAGCCCCUAAUCUAACUGAAGCUUGCUGGCUCUGCUACAGUCCAUCGCCCCCUUUUUACGAGGCCAUAGGGGUUAACUCCUCCUUUGCAGUUAACGCCACUGUUCCUACAACAAAUUGGGAAGCCUGA